CGUGUGUCACGUUACUCUAGUCACGUGACGUGGCUGCACGUGAAACUCUGCUAUAAAAUACUAGUUGAUAACAAAUUUAACCGUCCCGAAAGCUUAAAUCAACGAAAUAGUCAAGAUGAUUCGUAUUGUUGUUUUCACGUUAAUCGUUGCCCUGGCAACGGCAUUAACAAAAGUCGAAAUUGACCGUGAGUGGAGCAUUUUCAAGUCAAUGUACAACAAAGUGUACACACCUCAAGUUGAACAGAAGAGACGGCAGAUUUUCGAAGACAAUCUCGCCUUUAUUCAGAAACAUAAUCUACAGGCGGACAGGGGAGUCCACAGUUACCGAGUCGGGAUCAACGAAUACGCCGAUAUGACGAACCAGGAAUUUGUCACGACCAUGAACGGCUACCGGAUGCGACCCGAGGGUCAGAAAAGUGAGAACCCAAUAUACCUGAAACCCUCCAACGUGGGAGACCUUCCCGCCACUGUUGAUUGGAGGACGAAAGGCUACGUAACAGAGGUCAAGAACCAGGGUUCGUGCGGCUCCUGUUGGGCGUUUUCUACUACCGGGUCACUGGAAGGUCAACAUUUCAAGAAGACCGGUAAACUCGUCUCGUUGUCCGAACAGAACUUGGUGGAUUGUUCACGAAAACAAGGCAACAUGGGCUGUGAAGGCGGUUUGAUGGACCAGGCGUUUACGUACAUCAAGGUGAAUCAUGGGAUCGACACGGAGAUAUCGUACCCGUACGAAGGAAUCAACGGAAAGUGUCGCUUCAAACCGGCCGACGUCGGCGCCAACGAUACUGGGUUCGUCGACGUUAAAUCUGGGUCAGAGAGCGACCUGCAAAGCGCCGUUGCCACCGUCGGUCCCGUCUCGGUGGCCAUCGACGCCAGCCACAUUUCGUUUCAACUGUACAAGUCCGGCGUCUACCACAGCUUCCUGUGCAGCUCGAAAAAGCUCGACCACGGCGUCCUGGCCGUCGGUUACGGAACUCUCAGCGGGAAAGACUACUGGCUGGUCAAGAACAGCUGGGGUGGCACCUGGGGAGACAAAGGUUACAUCAUGAUGUCACGAAACAGCAAAAAUAACUGCGGCAUCGCCACAGCAGCCAGCUACCCCACAGUCUAGUCAACAACAGCUACAACAACCACGACCACGUGUGUCGCUGUGAACUUUAAAACAAAUAGCGUUAAUGACGUGGAUUCUGCAUAAUUAAACGAUUUAAACAGUGUGGGAAAUGUAUGAUGAAAUCUUCAAUGUUGGUAAUAUUGUUAAAAGGCGUAUAAGGCAUGUAACUCUAGUGAUAGUGAUAUUGAGAUAUGGAAACUCAAGGGGGGGGGGGGGGUAAUUUUAAUGCUAGCAGGGCCGUAGCUAGGAUUUUUUGGUUGUGGGGUCAGCUGAGUAGUUAAUAGUCUAAAACUCCUUGUCUUUAAGUUUCUAUAAUGCUUUCCGAUUUUGUUCGAGGGGGGGGGGGGGGGGGGGGGGCAGAUUUAGGGGACGUACUCUUGUAACUGUAAUGCUAGUUAAAGACAUCUAAGGGACGUAACUCUGGAGAUGUUUCUCAAGCACAUGCAACUCCUUCUUUAUUCUUUUUUCUUCUUUUUUUUCCUUUUUCUUACCUUGUUUCUUUCUUUCUUUUUCUUUUAAAUAGAUGGUUAGUUGUGGUUCAAAGUAUCCAAGUCAAAUAGUUUGCCUGUAUUGUUUUUAUUUGAUUGUUUAUAAUUAAGGCAAAUAAAAACAGUUAAAGAGAU